ACCAUACACACUCAGCUGGAAGAUGAAGGUCUCGUGUGCUCAAGCCUGGUUUUUCUUAUUGUUCCUGGUCGAAAAUGACAGAAACCAGGUUUCAGCCCUGUGUUCAGCACCCACAGUGCUCUGCUGUGCUGGCAAGAAUGACAGUUGCAGACAGGGUUGUUUCUGUGAUGAAUACUGCGUCACAGUCGGAGACUGCUGUGCUGACUACAGGCAAACAUGCCAGCUACCACCUUCAUCAUCACCUUCACCACUUUUGCCAACCUCUGUAUCAUCAACCUCACCACCUUCAUCUUCUUCCUUCACCUCACUGUCAUUUUCACCAUCCAUACAAUCAACCUCACCAACAACCAACCAAUCACCAACAUCACUGUCCUCAUCACCAACCUCACCACCUUCAUCUUCUUCAUCAACCUCACCAACAACCAACCAUUUACCAAGAUCAUUGUCCUCAUCACCAACCUCACCACCUUCAACCUCUGCAUUCUCUUCAUCAACACCCCAGCAGAAAGGAAAUAUCAGAGCAGUCUUCCACAUACGCGUUCGCUCCACAGCCAAUGAGGAGGCAAUGCGGAAAUCUGUGCAGGCUUUCAUUCUCCACCUCAGUUUGAUGAGGAGACAGCGAUGUGAAGACUGCAGCACACGAGUGCUAAACAUCAGCAAGAAAUAUCACUGA